AUGGCGGAUGUACGGGAGCUCCUCCGAAACGAACUUGCAUCACGACGGUCAGCGGCACCAACGGCCGGCAAGAAACGCAAACACGGCCUGGAUUUGGAACCCAGACGGAAGAAGACUAAGCCAUAUACCGAAGAUGAGACACCGGCUGGGAGUGUUGCUGUAGUCGACGAAUCUUCGACGACAUCAAAUGUCAUUGAACCACCAUCGCUUGCUCACGAACCGGAGCUUGACGGGACUCCAUCGAUGGAACCAGACCAGGAGAUGCAUACAGAAGAACGAUCAACAAUACCUACCACAAAACAAGACGUCGAUGAAGACGAAUGGGCCGCUUUUGAGCGUGAAGUUGCCCAGCCCUCUAGGCAACAGCCAGCAACGACCGCGCCACAUAGCGUAUUAAAUAAUAAUGCAAUAAUAUCCGCCGCACCCGUAUCGGCGGCAGAGCUGGAAUCACGCGACCGCCAGGACCGGGAGGCGGCGGCAAAGAGCCAGGAGGCCACCUUGUUAGGCGACCGGGAAGAUGCCACCAGGUUCCUAGAAGAGGAAUUCGACGAGAUGGAAGAGCUAGACCAACGUGUUAAGCGGCUCAAGGAGAUGCGGGAUGAGAUUCGGCGGAAACGAGAAGAGGAUAAACAGAUACUUGGAGACACGAAGGUUAAAUCGCCGAAUAAUGGAGCCAGUACCGAUGGAGAAGUAGAAGCUGGAGAUGACGAGGACGAUGACGAUGAUGAUGAUGGAGAAGGUUGGGAUGGCUGGGGGUUUAGGUGA